CUUCAAAAAUCCAAGAAGCAGCCAAUAUUUACCCUAUGCGAGUUCCGGAUCACCUGCGGGCAGGCACACUAUUGCACUAUCUAUAAGCACUUAGCCACUUCUCUCCUUUCCUUGCUCUUUUGUCCGAGCCAGAGAACCCGCAGAAACCUCAUUGUUAGUAGCUAUUCCAAAGCUCUAAAAUGGUAAAAACCAAACAACAAAAGUCCACCAAACCUAAGAAGAAUCCCCAUGUGAAAAACCAGGGAAAACAGGCUGAUAUCACUCAGUUUCAAUCCCAGCUUGAUGCAUUGGGCCUAAAAGUUAUCCAAGUGACUGCAGAUGGUAAUUGUUUCUUCAGUUUGCAGGGCGCUUGCAGAUCAGUUGGAAGGUAGUGAGAAGGAACAUGGAAAGUAUCGCAGCAUGGCGGUACAAUAUAUAAUGAAGAAUCGCGAAAUGUUUGAGCCCUUUAUUGAGGAUGAGAUCCCAUUUGAUGAAUACUGCCAAUCAAUGGAAAAGGAUGGCACAUGGGCUGGACAUAUGGAAUUGCAGGCAGCUUCUCUUGUUACACGUAGUAAUAUAUGCAUUCACCAGUACAUGUCACCUCGCUGGUACAUCCGGAAUUUUGAUCAAUGUGGAGCUCGUAUGGUUCAUUUAUCUUAUCAUGAUGAGGAACAUUACAACAGUGUGCGAUUAAAAGAAGACCCUUGCGAUGGGCCAGCCAGACCAAUUAUAAUUGAGGCUGAUGCUGACCUUUCUGCAACAUCUCAUAAAGCAAAAGCUGCAGCCAGCAAGUCUAAAGGGGGAGCUGUUAAGGAUAUUACUGAUGCUGGAUCAAUCAAAUUGGUAAUGGCAGGAAGUGGUUGUCAAAAUGCUGAAAAAGUCGAACAGGUUUUAUUACAAGUAGAUGGUGAUGCUGAUGCUGCAAUAGAGUUUCUGGUAGCAGAACGAGAGGCAGAUGACUACUCAGCAGAAAAUGAUACCCUUCAAUGUCAUGUAGAUACUUCUCAUGGAGAUGGUGAAGAUGGAAACUGUGAGCAACAAAAGGAAGAGUCUCUAAAGGAGACCCACAAACACAGUCCAUCCAACAAUAGAAUCAAACAAACCCAUGACAAUAGUAGUUCCCAGGCAGAUGACAAGAAGAUACCGAGAAAUAAGAGCUGCCCUUGUGGAUCUAAAAAAAAAUACAAGGCUUGUUGUGGAGCUGUCAAGGGGAGACCUGCUGCAAAGUUUAUAGUUAACCAAAAUAUUGACUCAAGAAAAAGUAGGAAAGGAAGGAAGCAAGGCAAUAAAGGAGGUCCUGCUGAAUCUGAGUCAAACUGUGGACCUGAUGGUGGGUUGCCUGAUGUGGGUGCUCUUUGUAUAUGAACUUGACUUUGAUGCCUCCUGAUGAUUUCACCCCACUUCAUGUAGUCAGUCGGGAGGAUUUAUGCUGUCCUCUUUGAUUUAUCAUGAGGUAGGCAAGCCCCUAAACCCUAAACAUCCCCAUCCAGGAGGUGAAACAAAGGGGAGGGGUUUUACUGCCGUGACAGGCUACAUGGAAGAGUUGCUUAAUGAUGGCUGCUCAUAUUUCAUGUAGGUGCAUUCCUUUUUGGCAAAACUCAUUGUAUGGUGUAGAAGGGCAACAAAGAAAAGGGUAAUGUACGUUACAAUUUUUGUUCUUUUGACAUCUUGAAGACAUUGAUGAAAUUCCAUGCUGCAAACACUUCAUUCUGGAAGAGAGGACUUUCAGGCAAAGUGUUGUGCUAGCCAAAUUACGUUAGUUAUAUGAAAAAUCUGUCACAGGAUGAGCAUGUAUAAAUUUGCUUGGGAAAUUUGCUAUGGAAUUUGGGAAUUUGGUCCUGUUGUAAUGCAUAA